AUGGCUAUCCAGUCAUUGCACGAAAUUAAUACUAAUAAUCUGCGCACCUUCAAGGGCCACUAUGUCUCCGAGAUCUCAGGCUCGCUUGGCGAUCUAGGCACAUUUCUGCCUAUCGCGAUUGCGCUAGCUGUCAACGGCACCGUCUCCCUCGCCAGUACAUUGAUCUUCUCGGGGAUUUUCAAUAUUCUAACGGGUGUGUUUUUCGGUAUUCCAUUGCCAGUUCAGCCAAUGAAAGCCAUCGCCGCAGUGGCAAUCGCGCGUAGUUUCUCGAAUGGCACGAUCGCUGCAGCGGGGAUCUUCGUCAGCGCCUGUAUCCUUGUCUUCAGCUUGACGGGUAUCUUGCACUGGUUCGCCAGUGUAAUUCCCAUUCCAGUUAUCAAGGGUAUCCAAGUUGGGGCGGGAUUAUCCCUGAUAAUCGCAGCCUCUAGCAGCAUACUCCUUCCCUUGGGCUGGAUCAGUCCCUCCUGGGCCGAUAACCGCAUUUGGGCAGUUGCCGCAUUUGUUGCGCUUUUGCUCACCAAUCUUUAUCGCCGAGUACCCUAUGCGCUAACCGUGUUAGUGCUGGGUCUAAUACUUGCCAUCACUCGGACUGCAUUGGCAGGGCAAAUGCCAACUUUCGAGCUGUGGCAUCCUUUCGCUCUAGUUCCAACUACGCUUGAAUGUCGUGUCGGUGCUGUGGAUGCUGGCAUUGGUCAAAUUCCUCUCACAACCCUGAACUCCAUUGUUGCGGUUGUCCAUUUGGCAAAUGAUCUAUUGCCGGACGUGCACACGCCAUCCAUCACCCACGUCGGCCUGAGCGUGGCCGGCAUGAACUUGAUUGGUUGUUGGUUCGGUGCUAUGCCCGUCUGCCAUGGAUCUGGUGGUCUUGCAGCUCAGUACCGGUUCGGAGCUCGCUCGGGAGCCAGUGUAAUCUUCCUUGGCUUUUCGAAGCUCGUUAUCGGCGUUCUCUUCGGAGAGACCUUGGUGGAUCUUCUGAAGCGGUUCCCUGCUGCUUUUCUCGGCGUGAUGGUGAUUGCAGCUGGUGUGGAGCUGCUUAGUGUGGGCGAGAGCCUCAACACCGCUGGUGCUCGGGACCUCAACGAGGCCAGUGGUGGCCUUUUGUCGAAUAUGGAGCAACAUAUUGGCCCUCUUCUCACAGAUGAAGAACGUAGCCGCCGCUGGACUGUUAUGAUGGUUACUGUUGGAUUGUUGGUAGGGUUCAAAAAUGAUGCAAUCGGCUUCAUUGCUGGUAUGCUUUGCCACUGGUCCUACGACGUCCCGAAAUGGUGGGAGAAGGCGCAUAGCCGCUGGUCUGAGGGACGUUUGCGUCUACGUGACUAG